AAGAGAAACAGCUACAGAUAUCAAUCUGCUAAUGUAGCACGUUUUUCUGCGGUAAAGGUCUCGCAUUGGGAAGGGUCAAUAUCCACAGCAAGACAAUGCUUGGACACAGAUUUUAUUGAAAGGACCAGACAGCACUAAUGCGGGCAGGCAGUUGAGCAAAAUAAGGUGCUAUAGUAACACAGACGUUGAACCACAGCACCUAGCGCCAGGCUUUUACAUCGUCCCAUGAAACCGGCGAUUGAGCUAAUAACAUUACUCAGAACUUACGUCAAAAGGUAUCUUUCGGCUCAAAGGGGGAUUUUCCUUGCCGAGAGAACCGUUUUCCAUCCCGUCUCACUCGGACCGGGGGAUCCGGGUUGGUUAAGUGACUGCCCAAAAAGUCCCGCACCAUCUCUCAUCGCCCAAGACUUCCACUUUUGAGAGGCCAUCGGCAACUCUAGCGUGCUGCAGCCACUACUGAGUGGCCGAAAGCACCACCACGCCUGCACACCCCCAGGCCCAUCAUCUCGAAGGAAUCCAACCAUGCUGGCACCGCCGAUAAACUUGCCCAAGUGGCUAGAGGAAAACUCUCAUCUCCUCAAGCCACCCAUCAACAACUACUGCGUCUACAAUGGGGACUUCACGGUUAUGAUCGUCGGAGGCCCCAACGCCCGCACUGACUACCACAUCAACCAGACGCCCGAGUGGUUCUACCAGUACCGGGGCGCCAUGGUGCUCAAGGUAGUCGACGACGGCAUCUUCCGGGACGUCGUCAUCCGCGAGGGCGACAUGUUCCUGCUGCCGGGCAACACGCCGCACAACCCGGUCCGCUUCGCCGACACGGUCGGCGUGGUGCUGGAGCAGCGCCGCCCCGCAGAGUCGGUCGACCGCAUGCGCUGGUACUGCCAGUCCUGCCGCGCCGUCGUGCAUGAGGCCGCCUUCCACUGCACCGACCUCGGCACGCAGAUCAAGGCCGCCGUCGAGGCCUUCAAGGCCGACGGCGCCGUCCGCACCUGCAAGUCGUGCGGCGAGGUUGCCGACUGGUGCCCGAAGCCUGGCUCCAUCCAGGAUCCAAACAAGGAGUAAGCUGGACUCCCUUGUCCUGGGUUGGCAGCUUUCCCUUUCUCUCCGGUAUAUGGCGGUUUCUUGUAUCUGUUUUCCCCAGCUUUCUUUUUGUCCUAGAUACAAAUAUCCAACUCUAUUUACAAGUAAACCCCGAGACCCCUG